AUGGAUCUGUUGGAGCUCCCCACGCGGAUGAAUGAUCAUGCUGCUUCUCCCCCUUCGGAGCCCAAAGCCAAGAACUGCGAUCUGUCCCCCGCUAUGAGAGCCAAGAUCGAACGGAACAGACAGCGGGCUGUGAUGCUGAGGCAAGCCCGCCUGGCCAACAGACCAUCGGCUGGAGAGGGGGGUGGAACCUCGGACAAAGUCGCCAAGACAGUCGACUCUGGGGGAGGGUUCUUCAUUGAUGAAGAGGAGAAGCAAAGGACCAAGAAAGUGGUGCAUCAACCAGCCCCUGUGAUAAAGGCAGACUAUCUGGUGUGUGAUGACUGUGAGAAGUCGUUUAUGGAUUCCUACCUUAGCAACGGCUUCGAUCUGGCAGUCUGUGACAACUGCAGAGACUACGAGGUUAAACACAAGCUGAUAUCCCGUACGGAGGCUAAGCAGCUCUACCUACUGAAGGACUGUGACCUGGACCAGAGGGAGCCAGUGCUGAGGUUUGUCCUGAGGAAGAACCCACACAACCCUCACUGGGGAGACAUCAAACUCUACCUCAGGCUGCAGGUGGAGAAGCGCUCCUUAGAGGUGUGGGGCUCUGAGGAGGCCCUGGAGGAGGCCAAGGAAGCAAGAGAGGAGAACAGGGAGGUGCAGAAGCAGAAGCGCUUCAACAAAAAGGUUAAAGAGCUGCGUUGUGCGGUGAGGAGAAGCAUGUGGACCAAGGGAACCAGUGCUCACCAGCACGAGUACGGCCCUGAGGAACAAGUGGAUGAAGAGGAGGAUCUCUACAGGAAGGUCUGUAACACAUGUGGACACGAACUGACCUAUGAGAAGAUGUAG